UCAACGCGCACACAGCCGCUCCGCCUUACGAGGCGUUGUGGAAGAAAGGAUCACAGACCGGGAGGCGAUAAACAAGCAUGCGAUGCAUGUAUGUUUUUUAGAAAGGGAAAGAGAAACAUAGCGACCACGAUGGCUAAGCUUCAGCGUAAUAGGAUUCCGGGGUCGGGUCUGUAAUGCGCCGUCCCGUUGUGCGCUCAGGAGCAGCUUCCAAGAAAUCAGAUUUCUCUGGGCGACUUGUGUUUACACAGGAGCCAUCCACAGCCACGUUUUAAAGCACGCAAGCGAGCUCGUGCUGGGACAGUACGGAACUGUUCUGGCGUUUCGAGUCGCUGCAAACAGUGGAGGACCGGAGCAGAGAGAGACACGCUGCAAAACACGCCACCAUAUAAAUAUAUCAAUUGACGUGACAUUGGAUGUGUGAUUUUUGGAUGACAUGCAGCUGAUCGACGGGCCGAGCACAUGUGCGUGUAGCAAAUCGCUUGGUUGCGUGCAACUUUUUGCCGUGGAUGCGGACAGGGAAACUGUUGCAAACUAACCACAACUACGCCCCGGCCUCGGUUGCAGGGGAUGGUACAUCUGGAUCGUUUAUUUAUUUUGUUAAAGUAGUCUUUUAGUACCCCGCGUCACUGUCAACGAGAUCGACCGAAAGUCCCGCCGGGGGUCGACAUGGAGAGUCCGGAUGAGAGGGAGACCAGUCCUCCAAAGUCGGACAGGAGGUUCGCCCUGACGUACGUCGGCUGGUCCUCGCUCGACAGGCGGACCACCCUGCCCAUGCUGCCGUGGCUGGUGGCGGAGAUCCGCAGGAGGAGCGAGAGGGGCGACUGCGGCCCCGCGGUGCAGCCGAGGGAAGUUCAGCUGGUCCUCAACCCCCCGUUCGUCCGGUGCGUCCCCUCCAACAGCAACUGCUCGUCGGUGUUCAUAUUCGAGCACAAGGCGCAGCUCGUCUCGCGCUUCAUACACAACAGCAACGACCUCACCUACUUCGCCUAUCUCACGCGGGGCCAGCCCGACAACCCCGAGUCCGAGAUGUCCUGUCACGUCUUCCGGGCCAACGACCCCAACCAGGUCCCUGAGGUGAUCAGCAGCAUUCGCCAAGUGUCCAAAUCAGCCUUAAAGGAAGACGCCAAGCCCAAACAGGAAGCCGACGAGGCCUUCUACAACUCCCAGAAGUUUGAAGUGCUUUACUGUGGCAAGGUGACAGUUCUGCUCAAAAAGGCUCCUGCCACCCUCAUCGAUGACUGCAUCGACAAGUUUCGUCUGCAUGAGGUCGAGCGCAAGCGCCUGCGACUGGUCAGCGGCCGGCAAGGGUCCACAGAGGGUGCCCCCGUGGAGUUACUCAUUGGGGGAGAAGGAGACCCCCUCUCCUCUGCUCUGGAUGAGAGUAUAGAAUACACGGAAGGCCCCGGAGUGGAGGACAUGACUGGAGGUGGAGGUAAAAGCCUGUCUAACAGUGCCAGUCAGAGCAGCCUGCGGGGAGCGUUCCCCGAGUGCAUCCUGGAGGACUCCGGGUUCGAGGAGCCCCAAGAGUUCCGUACGCGCUGCAGCAGCCUGGCCGGGAGCCUGCAUAGGAAGCCGGGGGAAGGCGUCAUCUUGGGCCCUGUGCGGCGCAGACACUCGAGCGCUCCGAACCACGUUCAGCCGUCUGACUCGGACAAGAACCGCACCAUGCUCUUCCAGGUCGGGCGUUUUGAAGUGAAUCUCAUAAGUCCGGACAGUAAAACAGUGGUGCUGGAGAAAAACUUCAAAGAUAUCUCAUCGUGCUGUCAGGGUGUCAAGCAGUCCGACCAUUUUGGAUUCAUCGGUCGCGACCAGUCCGAGGCUGGUCCCAGUCAGUAUGUGUGCUAUGUUUUCCAGUGUGCCAGCGAGUCGCUGGUGGAUGAGGUGAUGCUGACCCUGAAGCAGGCCUUCACGACAGCAGCGGCAUUGCAGAGCAACAAGACCCCGAUCCAGCUAUGUGAAGCCUGCCCCAUGCAUGACCUGCACAAGCUCUGCGAGCGGAUCGAAGGUCUCUACCCACCCAGAGCAAAGCUAGCUAUCCAAAAAUAUCUCUCCCAGCUGACUGACAAUGAGCAGGCAGAUAUUUUUGAGCGAGUUCAGAGACUGAAGCCCGGGUCGGACCAAGAGGAGAACGAGCUGGUGGUUCUCCAUCUGAGGCAGCUCUGUGGAACCAAACAGAAGAGUCACCUCCACAUCGGAGAGGCCCCGCAGAAUGCAUCAAACAGCUCAUCGGCAGGAGACGGCACGGCCGCCAGCAGUCGCUUCAAACUCGACAUCCUCAAGAAUAAAGCUCGCACCUCGCUCACCAGCUCCCUGGAGAACAUCUUCGCAAGGGGUGCCAGCCGGAUGCGGGGCCGUUUGGGAAGCAUGGGAAGCAUCAGCAGUUUCGAAAGGCAGGAUGAGGAAUCGCCCGGUCACUCCCCUCCGGGCUCCCCUCCCGCUUUCCCCGACGACGGCGAUGGCGACCCGGAAGCCGGCCUGCAGUUCCGCCGGCGUGCCCACACCUUCAGCCAUCCACCUGUGAAGAAACGCAUCUCCUUCGAGAGCCAGCCGGCCGCCCUGAGCAGACAGCCUCCGCUGCGCAGACAGCAGUCUGUUAACCCCGAGCUGCUGCAGAGCAGUCCCGUGGCCGUCUCGAGAACGCGCAGCGUCUCGGAGAGCGAGUCCACCUUCGGCCUCCCCUCCUCCUUCUCUGCCCCCACUUUCCUGAAAAGCAUUUACCAGGGCUCCCUGAGCUCCCUGGCAGACAGCGGGAGCCUCAAGAGCAAUGGGGAAGGCAGGAAGAGGACCCUGUCCACCUGCAGCGGAGACUCGGUGAGUGGGGGCCUCCCUCCGACCCCACGCAGGGUCUCCUGGAGACAGAAGAUCUUCCUGAGGGUCGCCUCGCCCAUGAACAGGCAGCCCGCCUCGAUGCAGCACCCAGACUACUGUGACGGCAGGGAGCUGUUGCCCCUCUCUCCUCGCGGUGCGGGCUCAGGUCUGGACCCUCUGGGGCGUCUGCUGCUGGAGGGCGACCCCCUGUCCGGGGAGAGGCCUAAAAGGACGGGGGCUGACUACCGGGCCCUCUGGAAGACGGCCAUCCACCAGCAGAUCCUGCUGCUGCGCAUGGAAAAUGAGAACCAGAGACUGGAGGAAGCAAGCAGGGAUGAGCUGCACAUCCGCAAGGUGAAGCUGAACUACCAGGAAGUGGGCCAGUGCUCCAAAGAAGCGCAGGCAUUGUGGGAGAGAAAGCUGUCUGCCCCAGGCAGAACGACGGUCCCACAGGACAAGGAGGAGAUGUGUCGCGCUCUCCACCAAGGUGUUCCUAAGAGCAGGCGUGGGGAGGUCUGGCUCCUCCUUUCCCAGCAGCACCGGCUGCGUCACAGGCUGCCCCAGCGCCAGCAAGCCCCGGACACCCCCUACCAAGACCUGCUGAAGCAGCUCACCGCGCAGCAGCAUUCUAUUCUGGUGGAUCUAGGCCGGACCUUCCCCACCCACCAGUACUUCUCAGCCCAGCUGGGUGCAGGGCAGCUGUCUCUCUACAACCUCCUGAAAGCCUAUUCUCUGCUGGAUACGGAGGUCGGCUACUGCCAGGGCAUCAGCUUUGUGGCCGGAGUGCUGCUGCUGCACAUGAGCGAAGAACAGGCCUUUGACAUGCUGACGUUCCUCAUGUACGACCUCGGCAUCAGGCAGCAGUUCAGACCCGACAUGGUGUCUCUCCAGGUUCAGAUGUACCAGCUCUCCAGACUGUUGCACGACUACCACCGCGACCUGUACAACCACUUGGAGGAGCACGAGAUCGGCCCGAGCCUCUACGCGGCGCCAUGGUUCCUCACCCUUUUCGCCUCACAGUUCCCGCUCAACUUCGUGUCCCGCGUCUUUGAUUUCAUAUUUGUCCAAGGGACCGGGGUGAUCUUCAAAGUGGCUCUCUGUCUGCUGAGCAGCCAUGAGGGGGAGAUAGUGGAGUGUGACAGCUUCGAGAGCAUCGUGGACUAUCUGAAAACUACACUUCCCGCCCUCACUCAGACCCAGAUGGAGCAGACCAUUGCCAAGGUAAUGGAGAUGGAUAUCUCCAAGCAGCUGCACGCGUACGAGGUGGAGUACCACGUCCUGCAGGAUGAGAUGUUAGAAGCCGGGCCGCUGCCCGAUGACUCCGACCGGCUCGACAAACUAGAGAAGACCAAUGUGCAGCUGAAGAAACAGAACAUGGACCUUCUGGAGAAACUUCAGGCAGCGCGGCAGAAGAUCCAGUCGCUGGAGACGAGCGUGGAGAACUUCCUGUCUCGGGAGAGCAAAAUGAAGCACGUGAUUCGCUCUCUGGAGCAGGAGAGGGCAGCUCACCAGAAGACCAUCGAACGCAUGCGCUCGUGCCUUCCCCCUGACGCCCUGACAGAUGUGGAGAUGACCCAGAUCAAAACGGGACCCAACGGGAAAGCCAAAACUGCAGCCAAGAAGCCUUGAUGGCGAGCAGGGUGAGGGGGGGGGUGCAGAGACUGAAGUGAACAAACACAGACUGCUUCAGUGGGGAAGCUGCUGAGCUCCAAGGCUAUUGUUGUACAGCUGCACAAACGUGGCAGGCUUUUGUAAGUGUGUGACGUGUGGAAUUUGUACGGGAAAUAUCUACGUGGUGUUCCUCAGCAUGCGAUAGAGCAGUGGGAGGAUGGUUUCAGUCGUACAUUAGCGAAACAGACUGCUUCCAAUCGGUGCGUCAAAAGCUGCCUCUCCGUUUCACUGGCAGUCUGAAAGGUGAGAUCAAGAUGCACAACAUCCUCCCUUUUUCAGAUUUUUUUUUUUUAUGAGUAAUCACGUGGGGGGUUUUCUAGUUUGACACAAGUGAGAGACUCGUGUCUGCCUCUGCAAAUCUUUUUUUAAAGCCGCAUUGAUGUAUUUGCUACCGGUCUCUGUAGCACCACAAAAGCAGUUAAAAGAAGUUACCUGUUGGCAAACAAUCCUUUGGACCUCAGGUUCAGCCUAUAGCCAUUGUGUGUGUGUGUGUGUGUGUGUGUGUGUGUGUGUGUGUGUGUGUGUGUGUGUGUGUGUGUGUGUCUUAAGGGCAUCAGUAAUUUCCUUGUGAAUGUAAUUUCCCUCCAAAGAUCUGUAGUUCUGUUGUUUGCUUGUUUUCCACAACAGAGAAACCUGAUGUUUUUGCAACAUUAGGCUUUUUAAACCUUUAGCAGACAUAUACGUUAUCUGGGCGCUCAUCGCUCGGCACCACACCACUGCCUUCACGUGAGAGAGAUCUUUUAAUACGUGCCCUUGCGAGGAGCAAAGCGCUUCGUCCAAAUCUCAAGGGCAGGAUGUGAGGUUGUCUGCCUUCUCGGUUUCCUGUGAGUGUGACCACGGGGUUGCCUCGUUUUAGCGCUGCUGUUCAGACGCCGAGGCCGGAGGUUCACGCUCCCCUGAGAGGUGAAGAAAAAAAACAGACUGAGGUAGAGGAGUGAUCUGAAUGAACAUCACACAAGCUUCUCCAUGACUUUUUUUUUUUUUUGGUCAGCCCCAGUGUUUGACAAAACUGGCAACGCCCUCUCUUCCUGUAGCUCUUGAAGAUGGGACUGCUAGCAUCUAGAUAGUGUUGAUCGGCCCAAGGUGGCAGUUGCCUUUGCUUUUUGGUCACACAGCCGAUUCGAUGUUUGCAGCAAAAGUGUUUAGGUGAGUAGAGAGAGACCACAAAGGAUACAAGAGGAACUUAAAUUCAGUUCCCUUUUUUGAGUAUGGUCGAGUCUCUCCCGAUGCUGCUUAAUGUAUACAGUACAUGCACACACACUUGCAUGUAAACAAGCUGUGCGGUGAACUGUUUGACUGCAUGGGCAGACGGUUCAGAUGAGUGCAACGUCCGUCCCUGGCUCCCUCCUCAGUUUAGUUUUCCUCCCACCUCUGUGUCUGACUCACCAUCGCCAAUUCUGAUUGAAAGCAAAAUAUGCCUGGGCUUCACUCCGCUUUCAUAAAAACACCCUUCCAUUAAACACCAAGGUGAUGUAUUAUCACGGGGAAAGGCACUUUCCAACGGUGUCUGUCAGUCUUCCUGCCCUGGGUGACACGUGGUGGUGACACAUGUUGGUGUCCUUGUAAUGUUUCUAUUCUCAAACUUUAGCCCAAGCAGACGUAGCCUUGGGCAUACAAUGCGAUACGUCUGUGUUCAGCAAUCCGGUGCGUUUGCAUGCACCCGGAGGCACUUGCCUAUAUUUUUCAUGCCGAGUUACAGGAACUACAGUUCCUUACAUGAAAAGUUUGAUAUGGUGAUGUAUUCUCCCUGUCACGGUGAAAUGUUCUUGUGGUGAUCGAGGUGACGAUGGUGAUGCACCAAUGAAUAUUAGAGAAAUAGUCUCCUCUGAACGGUCAAACAACUCAUUUUGAAAUCUGUGGAAGGAUACGUAGGACGCAGCCCUACACAGCUGUCCUUUUGCUGGUGUUUUCCUCAUCUACAGUAUUUGUGCAGAAUAUAAAUAUACCUUUGAACCAAAGAUGUGAUUGCUUUAAAAAAAAUAAAUAAAUAAUGAAUGAAUGAAAAUUGAAUGAUUUCAUCCAAAAUGUUGUGGUGCAUUAUGUAUAUGUAUAUUUUAAAUAUAACAUUCUUUUGUCACUACACUUUUGCAGCUUUCUUCUGGUUUAUAUUAAGACAAAAGCUUGAAAAGAUACCAAAUAUUGGCAGUAAAAACUUGAAUAAAAAAAAGACAGUUGGCCGACUUGUUUACUCACUGUAUUCCUUUGUGCCAAAAAAUAAAUGAUGGCCUUUUAAUCUCCAUUAAUCGGAGAUAUGAGACCAUUUUGAUAAUAUCCAAUGUGGUCAGCAAAGAUUGUUUAUUUUACAUCAGGUGCUGGGAGUCCUGGCUACUAAAUAGCGCUUGUAUCGCCGUGUUGUAAGGAAAGACACUUAAUAAUUGAUGGGGGUUGUUUUUUUUCUGUCGACACGAGGGCUACGCAAAAAGACAGUCAUGAAUUCUUCAAUAAACUUCACCUUGCCUUGUUUUCUGUCUACUCAUGUCUGAAUGUCUUCCCUGCUCAGAAAAGCUCUCAUAAAGAAGUCAUGUUCCUUUCCUGCUCUACAAGGUAGCACUUCAAGAGUAGGACGUAGCCUCUAGCUGAAAUGGUUUGUGUGUGUAGACGUAUUACUGCGUAAAAAAAAAGGCCAAGGUAGGCUCCGACAGUUUUAGAGAGUCUAUAUGAAGACCUUUCAAGAGUUGUACUUUUGUUAAGGCCUUGGGCAAAGAGAACUACAGGUCUCCAGUGGGGGAAAAAAAUAAAAAUACUCUGUGAAAUUGUACCCUUUACAAAGAGCCUGAAACAUUCAACCAACUGUACAUUUCUGAAUUAGUCAUAUUGUAGUGAAUGAAAUAAAUGCUCUGCUUGUCAGUUCACUGAAUUAAAUGAAGAUGUUUGUAGUCAUUCCCAACCAAUGCUG